UCGAUGGUGUAGGAUGGAAACCUUCUAUGUCAAAAAAUAUCAAAAUUGUGUUUUUGUUGAAUAUCUCUACAAAAUAUUGCUGUGCAUGCUUGACAAAACUCCUAUGGCAAUACAACAUCAAAUAACAGCUGUAAAGUGAAAACUAUAAAAACCUUCUAUGUCAAUUGCUAAAAUCCUGCUGUGGAAACCUUCUAUGUUCAAAAGCAAUUAAAUAUACGGAAAACUCCCAAGUCAUUUACUGAAUUUCUGCUGCGGAAUCCUUCUAUGUUCACCAAUUAUGGUAUUGUGAAAACCUUCCAUGUCAAUGUACUGCUGCAACAAACUUCUAUAGUCAACAGCUGGUAUACAGAUUCUAUCGUGUUUUUGCUUCUCAGUUAUUUGAUUGUUGUUAGUUAAGCAGUAUUUAAAGUGAGGUUAAAUUUCAGCAUUUUCUACCAAAGUUGUAGUUCUACCAAGAAAGUGAUGCAUAAUGUUUACUUCAAUAACGGAGAAAAUUUUAAGAAUGGUUCUCCCAAGCAUUGAAAAUACAGGUAAGCAAUUCACAUCAUUAUAGGCUAUCAGUAUCAGAACAAUAUUUUUCAUGCAAAUUAUUUUCUACACUCAAUUUACAAAGUAAUUAGGUGCCACGUGUGUUCUAUUAGAACAGAAUUAUCAAUAAACAAACAUAUUGAGCUGUAAUUUUAAUAGUACAAGAUAGUUAAGCCAGGUUAAGAACAAUAUUACGAUAGACAACAACAAUCCCGUACUAUAAAAUUAUUUAUUACUUAUAUUAUUUAUUUACAUUGUUCAUUUCAGUUGUAUCACUUGGAAAUUAGUGGUAAUACUUUGCUGUCACAUAAAUAGGCCUAUAACCACCUACUUCAUUACCCACACACAAGUAUAGGACUCAUGUAGGCUAAAUAAAAUACACUAAGAAACGACCCAGCUCUACUGACAAAACUCAUCAUACAAAUAUCUUCACAAUCGGUGAUAUAUUUUUUAUCGGUGAUAGUAGCCCUAUUAUCGAAGUGAAGACUCAUGUAGGCUACAUUUUUGACAACAAAAACCUACUCAAUGCUUUUUCAUCUUAUCCAGAAACCUCUAUCAAUAUGCAACAAUCUAUUUGUUUUUUCAGGUGAAGACCACACUCCAUUAAUUCCAGAUACUGAUCAGUUACAAAUUACAUCUACCUCAUUGGAUUACUGUUCAUCAACACUUGAUUUACCAGAAGAGAGUGUUGUAGAUCUACCAGUGUGCAAUUUGGAGGACAUCAUUAUUCAAGAUGAACCAGUCUAUACUAUCAUAAGUGAGAACAUAACAACAGAAGUUGAUAAUGACACCACAGAAAAUCAUUUUGAGCUUGAUGAGGAAAACAUGAUGAUGGAUGUAGGUUGUUCUACUAUCUCUACUGAAAUUCAGAUACCCCAAUGUGAUGAUGAAGAAUGUGAUAUUGAUGAUCCCGAUUAUGUUUUAGAAAAUAAUGAUGAUGAUGAUUUUGAUGAAUCAGAUUAUGUUUUAGAAAAUAAUGAAAAUUCUGAUGGCAAGACAGAAGAUGGCACAACUACAGAGAAUGAAAAUACUGUUGAUCCAGUUACUAAAAAACGAAAAGGGAUAUGUAAUAGGAAUGAAUGGAAACGUUAUAAAAUGCAAGCACUUCGAGAGAAAGGCAAAAGUUACAUAGGCAGAGUCAGAAGAAAGAACAAGAAAGAAGAAGAAGUAGAAAAGAAAGAACGAAAAAUGGGACCAAGGUGCAAAUCAUCAUUUUGUAAAACCUGUAAGAAGAGAUUCUGUCCUGAAAUAAGUGAUGAAACACGUAAGGAAAUUUUCACUCACUUUUGGUCUGUACUAAAUUGGGAUCAAAGGAGAGCUUGUGUUGCAUCUUUAGUUGACUGUAUUCCACCAAAGCAAAAACGUCGAAUUGAGUCUGGAGAUCGUAGAGGUGCCACAUUCCAUUACUUUUUGAAAGUUGGGACUGAAAGGAAAGAAGUUUGUCGAGAAAUGUUCUGCAAUACUUUUGCUUUAGGAGUUUGGAGUGUAAAAAACUGGGCAAAAAAUGUUGUUCAUGGUAUGAACCAAAAGCUUACAUGUAACAACCCUGGCAGGCAGGUUCGUAUUGGAAACAAUGAUUCUAAAAGAGACUUUGUUGUUUCCUUUGUUAAUUCAAUCCCAAAAACUCCUUCACACUACUGUCGGAAAGACACAGGGAAAUUGUAUUUGGAAAAUAGUUUCCACUCAGAAAUGGAGUUGUACAGACUGUACAAGGCUAAAUGUGAUGAAUCUGGCAAUGAAUCUUUAAGCAGGUUUACAUUUAAUAAAAUUCUGUGUGAGAUGAAUGUUGCAUUGUUCCAGCCACGAAAAGAUCAAUGUGAUAAGUGUUGUCAAUACAAAGUCGGUAAUUUGUCAGAAGAGCUGUAUGGAAAGCAUGUUGAAGCCAAGGAUCAAGCACGUAAAGAAAAAGAAAAUGACAAACGCCAGGCUGCUGAAAAUAAAUUUAUUGCAUUGUGUGUUGAUGUUCAAGCAGUCAAGUUAUGCCCAUUUUUGAAAGCUUCUGCAGUUUAUUUCAAAACGAAACUAUGCAACCAUAAUUAUACUGUGUACAAUUUGAACAAUUCUGAAGUAGACUGUUACUGGUGGAGCGAGGUUGAAGGGGAACUAAAAUCAUCAAACUUUACAAGUUUGUUGAUUGCACAUUUGAAGGAGUUGAUAAGUAACUGGAAUCCAUCAAUUUCUAGAAUCAUAAAAAUAUGGAGUGAUGGUUGUGGAUAUCAAAACAGGAAUAAAGUUUUAUCAAAUGCUUUGUUAAAUCUAGCAGUUGAGACAAAUUUCACCAUCCACCAGAAAUAUCUGCAUGUCGGUCACACGCAAAUGGAGGUAGACUCUGUACAUGCCACCAUAGAAAGACGUCUUGCCAACAGAGAAGUAUACUUGCCAUCAGACUAUGUGUCAGUAACAAGAGAAGCUAGGUUGAAACCAUUUCCAUACAGAGCUCACUCUGUAACAUUUGAUUUCUUCAAGGACUACACCACCAAUGAGUUGUACCCUUCUAUCAGACCUGGAAAAAAGGUAUCCGACCCCACAGUGAAUGAUGUUUGCGAAUAUUUAUAUCUCCCAACUGGAGAAAUAAAAUACAAAUUGCAUUUUGAUGAAGAAUUCCAGGUACUACCACGUCGCCCAAAAUCAACUCUGUUGGGUAAUUUUGUCUAUCCUGAUUCAUACAAGACAAGGAUAAAAAUUGCUGACUCAAAAUGGGAGCAUCUACAGCAAUUGAAGGCAGUCAUACCCAAGGAUGUCCAUUCAUUUUAUGAUUUACUUCCUCAUUGACAGCCUGUUAAAACAUUUUGAACAUUAAUGAUCUUUUUUAUUUUUUAUACUCAAUACUAAUCAAUUCAGUUUCAAUAAAAAUGUUUUUCAUACCAAAUUCAUCCACAUUCAAUUUAUUUCAUUACUACCCAAAUGGAAACCUCCUAUGUCCAUAUUUUCAGCAAUAUUUUUGAUGCCAAACCGUCUAUGUCAAAUUCCCCUGAAGUUAAUAUAAAUUUUUCUACAAAGUUACUUUUAUUUGUAAUAUAAAUUUCUAAUUGUACUCAGAAAUCAAUAUCUGCAAAGGAAUUGGCUUAGAAGCUAUUUUAGAGAGUUAUUUCUUCCUCCUGAAAAAAGGAGGUUUUUGACUUA